GGGCACCGAGUCGUCUGGCAAGACUGCGGGCACCGAGUCGUCUGGCAAGACUGCGGGCACCGAGUCGACUGGCGGAACAGCGGGCACCGAGUCGUCUGGCAAGACAGUGGGCUCCGAGUCAACAGGCACGACAGUGGGCACCGGGUCAUCAGGUAUCGGAUUGUCUGGCUCGACAGCGGGCAUCGGGUCACCAGGUAUGACAGCGGGCACUGGGUCACCAGGCAUCAGGAGCGAGCCGGGAUCAGAGCAGGAGAAGUCAGCAGCGGUUCAGAAACAGGCAAGGCAGAGUCUGUGGGU